AUGCCGCUCGCCGUGCACACGGAGGACGAUGGGGCGCACGCGGAGGCCGUCAUCCGUAACGGUGCGGCUCCAGCUCCCUCUCUUCUUCUCACCCUGCGUUCCUACCUCCACACCACAGCUUCUUGGUCCGGCAGAUCCCUGUCUCUGCGCCCCUUCGCUAUGGCGAGGAGGGGAGGACUGAGGACGACGCGGCAGCGGCCAGGGCUCCUGCGCCUCAUCGCUAUCAGCGAGGAGACGGAGGACGGCGGCAGUAGCCAAUGCCCCUUCUCUAUCGGCGAGGAGAGGGAGGGUGGCAACGGCGGAGAUGGGACCAUGGAUGAGGUUUAUGCAGCAGCUAUGACAGCAAAUGCUCACAACUUCAUAAGGGGGCUUCCAGAGGAAUAUGAGACUAAGAUUGGUGAGCGUGGAGCAUUGUUAUCAGGUGGCCAAAAGCAGCGUAUUGCCAUUGCAAGGGCGAUAAUUAAGAACCCUGCUAUACUCUUGCUCGAUGAAGCCACAAGUGCACUUGAUUCAGAAUCAGAAAACUUGGUACAGCAUGCACUUGAUCAAGCAUCCACGGGACGAACAACACUGGUAGGAGCUCAUAAGCUCUCUACUGUGAAGAACGCUGAUCAGAUCGCAGUAAUUGAUGGGGAUACAAUCGCUGAAAUUGGUACACAUGAUGAACUGCCCGUACUCGAGACUUGUGAAAUUGCAGAUGUGUCCAGGACAAGUACCAGCCGUCACAGCAUGUCCACAGCAAGUCCAAUGCCACUAACACCAGCUAUCUUAAAGGAAAAUAAUUCUGAUGUUCCUCCACCUGCACCAUCUUUCUCCAGGCUUCUUGCAAUGAACGCACCUGAGUGGAGGCAGGCAGUCUUAGGCAGUUUAUCUGCAUUGGUAUAUGGUUCAUUGCAGCCCAUCUAUGCCAUAACCAUCGGAGGAAUGAUUGCUGUAUUCUUUGUUCAGGACCAAAAUGAGAUGAAUGCAAAUAUCAAACGCUAUGCCUUGAUCUUCUGCUCACUGUCCUUGGUAUCCAUUGUUGUGAAUCUAUUGCAACACUACAAUUUUGCAUACAUGGGGGAGCAUCUUGUUCGGCGCAUCCGGGUCCAAGUACUUGAGAAGAUCUUAACCUUUGAGGCAGCAUGGUUUGAUGAAGAAACUAAUUCAAGCGCCAUCUACAAUGAUAUGCUAUUAUGCAAAAAGGUGGUUCUCUCAAAUGUGUCAAGGGACUUGGCAAAGGCUCAGCAUCAAAGCACCCAGAUUGCCAUAGAAGCUGUUUACAACCACAGGAUGGUAACUUCCUUUGGAUGCUCAUCGAAGGUUCUUCAGCUAUUCGAGCAUGCACAAGAGGAACCCUUGAAAAAAGCAAGGAAGAAAUCAUGGGUAGCAGGGAUAACCACAGGGUUGUCACCUUGCCUCUCGUUCUUGUCAUGGGCACUGGCCUUCUGGUAUGGCGGGAAGCUGGCACAGUCUGGGGAGAUAUCAGCGGGUGAUGUUUUCAAAACCUUUUUCGUGCUGGUGAGCACAGGAAAGCUGAUUGCUGAUGCUGGUAGCAUGACAUCUGACCUGGCAAAGGGAGCAAAUGCAGUUGCUUCAGUAUUUGAGGUGCUAGAUAGGAAAUCCAUCUCUCCAAAAAAUUCACAGGUGGAGAAUGAAGAUCAGAAGAAGAAAAUAGAAGGUAGAAUAGAAUUCAAGGAGGUAGGUUUUGCAUAUCCAACAAGACCAGAAUGCCUUAUCCUACAGGAUUUUAGCUUGGACGUGAAAGAAGGAAUGAGUGUUGGCCUGGUUGGGAGAAGUGGUUGUGGUAAAUCAACUAUCAUAGGUUUGAUCCAGAGGUUCUACGAUGUUGAUAGGGGGGCCGCAGUGUCAGGGAACAACAUUGCUUUUGGUAAACCAGAAGCUGAUGAAGAUGAGAUUGUGGAAGCUGCAAAAGCUGCAAACGCACAUGAGUUCAUCUCGAUGGAUAUGAUACUUGAUUGCGGAGAGCAUGGUAUACAGCUCUCAGGGGGGCAGAAGCAAAGAAUUGCAAUUGCAAGGGCAAUAAUCCAGAAUCCAGCAAUACUACUACUUGAUGAAGCAACAAGUGCGCUUGAUGCGCAGUCAGAGCAAGUGGUGCAGGAAGCUCUUGAUCGAAUAAUGUCAGGGAGGACCACAAUUGUGGUGGCACAUCGACUAAACACAAUCAAGAAUGUAGACUCGAUUGCUUUCCUGGGAGAGGGUACAGUGGUGGAGCGUAGCUCUUACCCGGAGCUCAUGAACAAGAAGGGAGCAUUCUACAACCUCGCAACUCUUCAGAAGUAA